AUGAUCUGGUCGAAGCUCGGCCCCAUCGCCGCGACUGCGCAGCUUGCGACUGCGCAGACGGAUUACUCAGGAUACGUCAACCCGUUCAUCGGCUCCGAAGGUCCUAUCGCGGGCUACGCAUAUGGAGGUGGCGACAUUUUCGUCGGUGGUGCUGUUCCGUUCGGUGUUGUAAAGCUAGGAAUCGACACUUGGGAAGACCGAAUCGACAUUGCUACCCUGAACGGUGGCUACACGCCAAACGGCGUGGUGACCGGUGUGUCCAUGAUGCACGAAUCAGGAACCGGUGGAUGCCCCAAAUACGGAGUCAUCUCGCAAAUGCCGCUUGCUAGUGUAGCCCCUCCAGUGAACAUAUUGAACGAUACGACAUACUGGCAGAAGCGGGUCGGUACGGACGACGCGACCGUGGGUUACUUCCACACAGAUCUAGAAGAUGGAAUUGGUAUCUCCUUGGCCGGCGCGAGGCAUGCGGGCAUCAUGCGGUACGACUUCCCUUCCGGUGGAGAACAGCACGUUCUCGUGGAUGUGUCGCUCUUCUUGCCAGACCCGCCAGGCGGCUUCUGCACGCAGUACUAUGUAGACGGUUCGAUCGGCAUCUCUGACGACGGAAAAACUUACACAGGAUAUGGAACGUACGCGGGCGGUUUUAACCUCGGUGCGCCAUACACCGUCUACUUCUGUGGAGAAUUCGACACUCCACCUGUUGAGGCCAAGACGUUUACAGGUCAGAACACAACGCGAAUCGUGAACGGGCCGCCACCACAGCCUACGUUUGGUGGGAAUAGUGCGGAAGCCGGAUCCGAAGGGUACAGAGUCGGUGCUUUGUUCAGCUGGAGCGCUCCGAACGCUUCUAGUGAGGCUUCUAUAGUAUCUUCAAAGGUUGGGAUAUCCUUCAUCUCCAAAGAGAAGGCAUGUGCGUUCAAAGACUCCGAGAUAUCAUCGUGGGACCAGCAAGAGACGGUCAAGACAGCGCAGGAUGAGUGGAACAAAGAUAUUUUCAGCACCAUCCAGGUCGAUACGGGCCCGGAGGCAAACCAGACUCUACUGACCUUGUUGUAUUCGUCACUCUACUUCAUGCAUCUGAUGCCGUCGGAUCGGACCGGUGAAAAUCCGCUUUGGGAGAGUGACGAGCCAUCUUGGGACGAUUUUUACUGUAUUUGGGACACUUUCCGCAACACCUUCAGCUUGAGUCAUUUGAUCCAGCCUAGAGCAUACGAGAGCCAGGUCCGUGGUCUGAUUGACAUCUGGCGACAUCAGGGAUUUAUGCCCGACGGUCGAUCUGGGAAUGACAACGGUCUUACGCAAGGCGGCAGCAAUGCCGACAAUGUACUUGCCGAUGCGUACGUCAAAGGGCUUCGAGGAGCUAUCAACUGGCAAGAUGGAUAUGCGGCCAUGGUCAAAGAUGCGGAGGUCUCAACGAAUGGCAGCAACAAAGAAGGACGCGGAGCAUUGGACGACUGGCUAACGUACGGUUAUCUUACGCUUAACAGCGAACGAUCUAUUUCACGUACGGUGGAGUAUUCCGCGAACGACUUUGCACUUAGCCAAGUAGCGAAAGGCGAGAAGCCGGACGACGUCGAGAAAUACCUCAAGCGAUCUGCGGGGUGGCAGUUGCUUUGGGACCCCAACGUGCCGAGCGUGAAUACCACGCCUGUAUUCAAGGGAUUCUUGACCCCGAGAUCUGCGGACGGAAGUUUCAACUCAACUGACUACAACCCAGCUACAUGCGGCGUCUGCUCGUGGCCAUCGAUCACUUACGAAGGAACGCCCUUUGAGUACUCCUUCGUCAUUCCGCACGACGUUGAAUCCUUGAUAGGGCUCAUGGGUGGUAGUGAUGGAUUUGAGUCGCGUCUGGACUACAUCUUCCUACCCAACACUAGCCAAACCAACCUUGGUGCGAAUGGUGUUGGCAUAACAUCGAUCAUGAACAUCGGAAAUGAGCCGGAUUUCGCGACCCCCUAUCUUUAUAACUACAUCAAUAAGCAGUGGAAAAGCGUGAACCAGUCGCGCGCUCUUGGGAAUCAGUACUUUAGGAACGCGCCAUUCGGUGUGCCAGGCAAUUCCGAUUCUGGUGCCCUCAACUCCUGGCUCAUCUGGCAAAUGCUCGGCAUGUACCCGAUUGUCACUCAGCCUGUCUAUCUCCUCGGUUCUCCUUGGUUCUCCGACAUCAACAUGACUGUGAAUGGGAACAGUACAUUGCGCAUCAAGGCUGAUGGUCUCGGAAAACAAAGCUACUUCGUGCAGAGUGUGAAGAUCAACGGAGAAGCGUGGGAACAGAACUGGUUCGAGCAUGAUAGUCCAGAACAGCGACUCAUGGUAGACGGUGGGACCAUUGAGUUUGUGCUUGGGAGCGAACCGGUGGAAUGGGAGAAAGGGGAUGUGCCGCCAAGCCCAGGGCACAUGGUUCUGAAUGGGACGGGUGGAUACAGAGUGUAG